AUGCUCUACACCAUGACAUGUUGGUUCCUGGUCCUGGUCCUCCACCUGGUCCUCCUGAGCCCACUGCAGGUGGCAGCCUGCCCUGCACGCUGCGAGUGUGCCCCGCAGCUCAAAUCAGUGGUGUGUCACCGCAAGCGGCUCACUGCCAUCCCCGAGGGCAUCCCCACAGAGACCAAGAUCCUGGAGCUCAACAAGAACCGCAUCCGCUGCCUGAACCCGGGGGACCUCUCCCCAUACCCCUUGCUGGAGGAGCUGGACUUCAGCGAGAACAUCAUCACCAAUGUGGAGCCAGGAGCUUUCAGCAACCUGUUCAACCUGCAGACUCUGCGGCUUCGGGGAAACCAGCUCAAGCUCAUCCCCCCGGGGGUCUUCACCAAGCUGACCAACCUCACCAUCUUGGACAUCAGCGAGAACAAACUCGUCAUCCUUCUGGACUACAUGUUCCAGGACCUGAGGAACCUGAAGAGCCUGGAGGUGGGUGAUAAUGACCUGGUGUACAUCUCCCAGCGCGCCUUCUCAGGGCUGCUCGGCCUGGAGCAACUGACCAUUGAGAAGUGCAAUCUGACCUCCAUCUCGGCUGAGUCACUCUCCUACCUCCAGAACCUCGAGGUGCUGCGGCUCCGGCACCUCAGCAUCUCUGCGCUGGAGGAGCAGAACUUCAAGAAGCUCUACAACCUCCUGCAGCUGGAGAUCGACAACUGGCCGCUGCUGGAAGACAUCUCCCCCACCAGCUUCCAGGGCCUGAACCUCACCUCACUCUCCAUCACCUACACCAACAUCACAGCCGUGCCCACCGCUGCCUUGAGGAACCUGGUGUACCUCCGCUACCUGAACCUGUCCUACAACCCCAUUAGCACUGUGCUGAAGGGCUCCUUUAAAGACCUCAUCCGGCUCCAGGAGCUGCAUAUCGUGGGCGCUCUCUUGGUGUCCGUGGAGCCGCAGGCCUUCUCUGGUCUGAGACAAAUCCGUCUGCUCAACCUCUCCAGCAACUUUCUCUCCACACUGGAGGAGAGCACCUUCCACUCUGUGAACACGCUGGAGACGCUGCGGGUGGACAGGAAUCCCUUGGCCUGCGACUGCCGCCUCCUCUGGAUCCUACAGCGACGGAAGACGCUCAACUUUGACGGCCAGCAGCCCAUGUGCUCCACACCGCCUGAAAUCCAGGGGAACGCUUUGCGUGACUUCCCCGACUCCGUGCUCUUCGAGUAUUUCACCUGUCAGAAGCCCAAGAUCAGGGAUCGGAAGCUGCAGCACGUGACGGCCCGCGAAGGGCAAUCCGUGUCCUUCCUGUGCCGGGCGGACGGGGAGCCAGAGCCCUCCAUCGUCUGGGUGUCCCCUCAGCACCGCAUGAUCACCACGCGCAGCACGGGGCGAGCAGUCGUACUGCCGGGGGGCACCCUGGAGAUCCGCUUUGCCCAAGUGCAGGACAGCGGUACCUACAUCUGCAUUGCCAGCAACGCAGGGGGCAACGACACCUAUUUUGCCACUCUGACGGUCAAGGGACACCCGAACGAUGGCUCCUCCAACGCCAACCGGACUUUGUACCUCAAUGAGUUCAAUGACACCUACCAUAACGACACGCAGGUCUUCUUGAAGUUCACGCUUGAUCUCAAGACCAUCCUGGUGUCCACAGCCAUGGGCUGCAUCACCUUCCUCGGCGUGGUCCUCUUCUGCUUCCUGCUCCUCUUCGUUUGGAGCCGGGGCCGAGGGCAGCACAAGAACAAUUUCUCGGUGGAAUAUUCCUUCCGGAAGGUGGAUGGACCCACCACCACCACGGGCCAAGGAGGAGCCAGGAAGUUCAACAUGAAGAUGAUCUGAGCCUCUCCAAAGGAGAACCGUUGGCUGCGCCCGGCCC